GCACUACCAAAUUAUGUUACGGUAAAUGUAAACAUAAAACAGCUAUUCGUACAAACAUAUGCAUUGCAUAUAGGUGUAAACCAGGCCCCAAGAACUAGGUGUUUAUGGAGAACUGGCCUAAGAUCUGAAAAUGUCGUGUAGUUUACCCUGCCUAAAGAACUAUUGUAUGAGUAUAGGAUGUAUUCUACUCCUUCUAUCCGUGGCAGGGAUAGGAUUCUGCUUGUUCAUGCUUUUCGGGGAUUCUUUAGCAAUUCAAACACAAGAUACCUACGCACCUAACUGGGAAGAUAUAGGCCCUGCAUUUGUUGCUUCUAUUCUUAGCCUGCUGGCAAACCUUUGUUUAAUCGGUGGAGCUAAACAGUACAGUAAGGAGAUCGUUCUAUUUUGGAUCGUCUGGAAGAUCCUGCUGAUCAUCAUGUACUGGGUCUGGUAUGCAUACAACCUGCUCAAGUAUCAUGGUUAUAUAGACUGGAGUAGAUACGGGAUGCGGAGCUGUUAUUGGUGUUCUCUACCCUUUGCUGACUAUGUCGGAUUUGGAGGAGCCAUUGCGAGUUUUCUUAUUAUCUUGUUACUCAUCCCCGUCUCAUCCUUCCAUCUUAAACUCAAGCGUCAGCAUCGAGAGCUCACGGAGUACGCCUUCGCUCCCGUCAUGUAUAAUCCUUCUAACUAUAAAUACUAGACCCCCCCCCUCAUCCUCACUCAAUUGUGAUCUGUUUGCAGUCCAGUACAAAUGAGCAGAAUUCUCGAAAUCUCAAGAUGGAACGUAUGACAUUUUUAGAAGACUCUUUUAUACAGUAGAACUGAUCUCUUCCACCUGUGAGCAAACAAAAUUGUAUUUUAUUAUCAACCUGAAAACAAUCUUAUUUUUUGACAAAUUUACAAACAAAAAUACUCGAAAAUCAAAGUAUUUUAAUAAAAAUUGGCUUGCUCUGAAUGCAGAUUUUGUUUCAGCAAGUUUUGUUUAUUUUUUUA